AUGAUGCGCGCCUUCAAGGUAGUCCGCGAAUUCAAAGAACUGAAGAUUAUGGUUACUGGACUCUUGAAUUGUGCGAAACCCCUUUUCUGGGCUGGGGUGCUGCUGGCGUGUUUGACCUUCAUGAUCGGAGUUCUGAUAGCUCAGCUUCUGACGGAGUAUUUGCGUUCAGUCCAGGAUAGAGACCUCGACGCAGAGGACGCGCAUGCGAUCAACUACAUCACACGGCACUUCCCGAAUCUAUGGGAGAGCAUGUACUCGCUGUUCGAGGCCCUCACCGGUGGACGGGACUGGGGCGAAAUUGCGCGCCCCUUCCGGCAUAUACAUUUUGUAUUGACGUGGUGCUUGGUCCUGUACAUCGUCAUCGGGAUUUUCUGCAUUCUCAACCUGGGCUGGCGGACUGCUGUCUUCCUGGAAGCAGCGCAUCGCGUGGACAACGUACAAGAGCACGUCUAUGCGAAGAGGGACUGGGUGAACGGAAUUCGUAGAUUUUUCCUGAAUGCUCUCGAAGGCAUCCCCCCAUCUGAGCAACGGCUGGACAGUGCGACGACCCCAAGGGGAACGCCUGUGAUCACGGAGGAUGUUUUCGUAGACAUCCUGAGCUCGAAGAGUAACGUGAAGUUCUUAGAGGAAAACGGAGUGGACCUCUUCUUGAUAGGGGCCAGCCGCCUGAAGGAAUUGUUCAGUAUCAUGGACAAGAAUGGCAACGGCACGCUCGACGUGGAAGAGUUCGUAUCUUGCCUCUACAAUCUCAAAGGUGCUGCCACCGCCCUGGAACUGAAGCUGGAGCAUCAAAAGAUGUCUCUCAUGAUCCGCUCGUUGCAGGAGCAGCUGGUUCGCUACAACACCACCAACUCAAGAGCAUCAAGAAGACUCACGCAUUAG